AUGGUGGUGUGGGCCAGCGUCCUAGGAGCUACGCAGCUUCCCCACGGAGAUGUUCUCGUGGAAGGUGAAACAGAGGGGGGAGAGUGGCAGGUGGCGAGAACGCUCUGCAGUUUUAAAGGGGCCAGUCCGUUUCAACUAAACUCUGUCGAGCACCUCAACCCAGCCCAACUGCACAAAGUGGAGGAGCUGCUGCAGCGGUGGAGCUCAGUGUUCGCAACAAGUGAGGAUGAUUUCGGCCGCACAAGUGCAGUGUUGCAUCAGAUCCCAACGGGGACUGCUCCACCAAGCAGAGAAAGAUGCGGACGAUUCCAGAAACUGGUGUGA